AUGUCUAAAGCUGUUGGUAUUGAUUUGGGUACUACCUACUCCUGUGUGGCUCACUUUGCCAACGAUCGUGUGGAAAUUAUUGCCAACGACCAAGGUAACAGAACCACUCCUUCCUUUGUUGCUUUCACCGACACUGAAAGAUUGAUUGGUGAUGCUGCUAAGAACCAAGCUGCUAUGAACCCAGCCAACACUGUCUUCGACGCUAAGAGACUUAUUGGUAGAAAGUUCACUGACGCUGAAGUGCAAGGUGACAUCAAGCACUUCCCUUUCAAGGUCAUUGACAAGGCCGGUAAGCCACAAAUCCAGGUUGAGUUCAAGGGUGAGACCAAGGUCUUCACUCCAGAAGAAGUUUCUUCUAUGAUCUUGACCAAGAUGAAGGAGACUGCUGAGUCUUUCUUGGGUACCACCGUUUCCGACGCUGUUGUCACUGUUCCAGCUUACUUCAACGACUCUCAAAGACAAGCUACCAAGGAUGCUGGUUUGAUUGCUGGUUUGAACGUUAUGAGAAUCAUCAACGAGCCAACCGCUGCUGCCAUUGCUUACGGUUUGGACAAGAAGUCUGAGCACGAGAAGAACGUUUUGAUUUUCGACUUGGGUGGAGGAACUUUCGAUGUUUCCUUGUUGUCCAUUGAAGACGGUAUCUUCGAAGUCAAGUCUACCGCCGGUGACACUCACUUGGGUGGUGAAGAUUUCGACCACAGAUUGGUGAACCACUUCGUCAACGAAUUCAAGAGAAAGAACAAGAAGGACUUGUCCACCAACCAAAGAGCCUUGAGAAGAUUGAGAACUGCGUGUGAGAGAGCCAAGAGAACCUUGUCCUCUUCUGCCCAAACCUCUAUCGAGAUCGACUCUUUGUUCGAGGGUAUUGACUUCUACACUUCCAUCACCAGAGCUAGAUUCGAGGAAUUGUGUCAAGACUUGUUCAGAUCCACCUUGGACCCAGUCGAGAAGGUGUUGAGAGACGCCAAGGUCGACAAGUCGCAGGUUGACGAGAUUGUCCUUGUUGGUGGUUCUACCAGAAUUCCAAAGGUUCAAAAGUUGGUUUCUGACUUCUUCAACGGUAAGGAGCCAAACAAGUCCAUCAACCCAGAUGAGGCUGUUGCUUACGGUGCCGCUGUUCAAGCUGCUAUCUUGUCUGGUGACACUUCUUCUAAGACUCAAGACUUGUUGUUGUUGGAUGUUGCUCCAUUGUCCUUGGGUAUUGAGACCGCCGGUGGUAUCAUGACCAAGUUGAUUCCAAGAAACUCCACCAUCCCAACCAAGAAGUCUGAGACUUUCUCCACCUACGCUGACAACCAACCAGGUGUGUUGAUUCAAGUCUUUGAAGGUGAAAGAGCCAAGACUAAGGACAACAACUUGUUGGGUAAGUUUGAGUUGUCUGGUAUCCCACCAGCUCCAAGAGGUGUUCCACAAAUUGAAGUUACCUUUGACAUUGAUGCCAAUGGUAUCUUGAACGUCUCUGCCUUGGAGAAGGGUACUGGUAAGACUCAAAAGAUUACCAUCACCAACGACAAGGGUAGAUUGUCCAAGGAAGACAUUGAGAGAAUGGUUUCUGAGGCCGAGAAGUUCAAGGAGGAGGACGAGAAGGAAGCUGCUAGAGUUCAAGCCAAGAACGGUUUGGAGUCUUACGCUUACUCCUUGAAGACCACUUUGGGCGAGAAGGACUUCGCUGACAAGUUGGAGGCUGCUGACGUCGAGACUGUCACCAAGGCUGCUGACGAGACCAUCACUUGGUUGGACGAGAACCAAGCUGCCACCACCGAAGAAUACAGUGACAAGCAGAAGGAAUUGGAAGGCGUUGCCAACCCAAUCAUGGCCAAGGCCUACCAAGCCGGUGCUGCUCCAGGUGGCGCUGCCCCAGGCGGAUUCCCAGGUGCUGCUCCAGGCUCUGCUCCUUCUCCAUCUAACGACGGUCCUACUGUUGAGGAAGUCGACUAA